CCGCAUUACGCCGUUGACGGGCAUGCUCCCGCGGGGGCCCGGCGUACCGGGAACAGCCCGCCCCUCCAGCAUGGCAAGCGGCCCCGUGUCUGCGAAAGGCCUCGCGCCGGCGGGCGGGAAGGGCGAACCUCCUCCCAGCGAAAGUGCCGUCGUUACUGCGGAGGCGAGGGGUAUCGGUGAUAUACCGGAGCCCCCGAAGCUACCCCUGGGCCUUCAACUUCCCGUGAAAACGGCGGCAGCGGUGGCAGCGGCUGUGACUGCCGCUGAUACCUGUCCACCAACCGAUCAACUAGUGGGGGCUUCGGCGGCGGUGGCGCCGGCGGCGGCCGUGGCGGCGGUGGCGGCGGGUGUUCCAUGCCCCGCGCCACCUAGCAGAGAUGGGUUAUCGAUCGCGCGGUUGCUGUCCGUCAGCAGCGGCAAGACCGACUCGAGCCUGCCGGAAGUCACCUCCGGGUACUGCGGGCGUGGAAACAAGGCCAACGCCGGCGUCAAGAGCCUGACGCUGCCUAAGCACAGGCGAGUCAAUCACGCAGAGCCCGCAUUGCCCGGUGCACCCCAGGGAACGGACGAGAGAGAUCAGCUGGAACCUCUUCGCAAGUGCGGGGCACCAUCUCUCGCCGGAGCCGAGACCGUCGGAAGUAGAAUCGACUACUCCGAUCUCGCCUCGAUUCUCAUGGACGGCGGCUUAGACGCGUGCAAGGACGGAGCGGAGGUGAGAAGCGAGACCGUAAGUCUAGGCGAAGACCCUUACAGCGACUACGCGCUCUCAGCGGAAAGCGACAUCUUCCUCUGGCCGAACCACCGCAGCACCGGUAGCAACAGCAGUGCUCCCGCCACCGAGCCCAGCCGCCGCGGGUCUUCCCGAACAGAGCAGGACAAGGGGCUCGCGGGUUUCGACGGGAUUGUCGACCCGUCUGAUGCCCCGGACGGGCUUGAAGCCUCGGUCUUGGAUGUGGAUGCAGAGGACCCGUACUAUUACUACUUCUGAAGCUACGAAUAUGUGUUUGCCUCGUGAAGCUGGUUUUCCUCGAAUUGUUUGGUGCAGGACGUGUGGGGGUUUGUCGAAAUUGUCGUGCGGUGUAAUUGAGAGGCGUUGGCGCACGUGACAUCCGGCCCCAGAAAAGAUUGUGGUUGCUGAGGAGGAAGAGAAGUGCUCCACAAAUCUCUCGUCGUCGCACAUAGUUAAUUAGUAAUGAGACGAUCCUCCUCGUUUGUGUCGCCCUUGGUUUGCUGUCGGCGAGCGUAUAGGACCCCCGACUUGACUACACAGUCACGGGUUAUGUGGGGCUUGAAUUUAGCUUUGUCAGGGGCCGAAACAGAAAAGGUGUUCGAGAGACUCAAGACCUUUGUUCGUUAACGAGCGGGAGUCACAGGCGAGGUAGGAAGAGCCUCGCCCGUCAUGUUUAUCGCACCCAUACUNCCCCCCCCCCCCUACCUCUACCGGAGGCCCCGUAGUUCGAUACUCUGCCGAGUGGUACCCCCAAACAGCCCCCUCGGUAGGAUUCCUUUGUAGUUUCUAAGUCUGGGUGUGAUGCUUGUUUAGCAACGUGAAGUUUUUCGAGUAUGGUAUUACCUCUAGACGUCCUCUGCCUAGAUGUUUGGUAGUUGAGGGUUGCGUCAGGCACCAAGGUACGGUGUUGGUUGUGCUCCGUUUCGUUCCCGGGUGGCAGUAUGUGAAAAAAGCCGGAACCUAUGUACAACCAGAUUCCUUUCUAAUAG